UUUGGGUCUGAGCGCGUGCUGCUAGUCAUGGUCCGUUAGAACGCUCGAGCCUGCUCUCCCUGCACCUGCGCAGAAGCUCUCUGGCCUAAAAUAUAAAUUGUAUUGCUAGAUUUUGGGUUCGCAUUAUUAUGAUUAUGCAGUUCGGUUUGGUGUACGUGUGUGUAGCGUGUGUUUGGGCGGUAGGAGCGAGCUCGAUCGGGCGGUCAGAGGAUCCGUGCAUCGCCCCGCUGCAGUGGGAGGGCCGGCGCGUGCAGUACGACCACAGCACCGGGAGGAACACUCGCGCCGCGGUGGCGUACGAUGCACAAAACCAGCGCGUAAGAGUGUUAGAGCAGAAGACAGGACACACGCCGUGCAAGAAGUUCUUUGAAUACAUCUACUUGUUUAAGAGUGGCGUGUAUUUCCAGAUUGAGCAAGUCACCAAAGCCUGUGCUAAGCUUAAUUUGACCGAGGUUUGGGACCCUUAUGACAUCCCAGUGAACUCCACAUUUGAGGAUCAGUAUUACAUUGGUGGACCUGGAGAUAUGAUUGAGGUUCAAGAGUGGUCCGACCGAAAGCCAGCUCGCAAAGAUGAGACCUGGAUAGGAGUUUACACAUUGAAAGAUUGCUACCCCGUGCAUGAGACAUACACAAAGAACAGCAGUGUGACCACUACCACACGCUUCUUUGACCUGAAAAUGGGCAUCAGUGAUCCUGAAGUAUUUACUCCACCCAGCACCUGCAUGUGGGCUCUGCCUGAAAGUAUGGCUUCUGACUGCUGAACCUUUUAUGAUUAGUCUUUUCUGCAAUCUGCAAAGAAAAAAUAUACCAUAUACACAGUAGGUUUUCUAUGUGGAUAACUGCUAGUUGAGCUAAUAUUGUGUAAGCAAGGUGUGUUGGAAAGCACAACAGUUACUUUAUGCACCAAGGUCCUCAUAUUCUCAUAUAUAUUGAAUAAGAGGGCACAUGUAAUUUCGAAAUUUCAAAUUUAAAUUUUAUUCCCAUAUACAUGACCCUUAUUGCUCAAAUCUAAACAGAAAUACAUUCUAAUCAAAAUGCGAAGCAUGUGAAGUCAACCAUAUUUAUUAUAUAUCACUAACCUAAGCAUAUGUCUACAUUGUUCCCCAUUAUCUGUUUGAAUACUUAUUUUAACUUGUGCAUCAAACUUAACACAACAGUAACAUGAAUAGUUUUUUUUUUUUGUUGUUGUUAUUUGUUUAACUAAUCCUCACUACUGAUUUACUUUGAUUCAUGAUGAACUUAUGGCUGCUUCAAUGGAAAGUAAUCCAUAUGCACUAAUGCAAUAAAUCCACAGCACAAUGAUAAUAAAACAAUGCUACCAAAGAA